UCAGGAGAGAAACACACAAACUCAAAAAAAUGGCUCAAACUUUAUAUUUCAGCGUUCUUCUCAUCGCUCUCUGUUCAUUAUCUGAAUGCAUUCAGCGCCGCUAUCACCACAUAAACAUGAUAAAGGACGGCACUGCUGCUAUGUCACACUGCACAAAGAACUACAGAGAUCUGGCCACAGUCAACAACAUGAACGACAUGAAUGACCUGAAUCAACUGAUGAAGAGUGUGAAUAACAGUCUGACUAAUGAUGUCUGGAUUGGACUGUGGAAGAAUAGAGGUGUUUAUAAAUGGAAGUGGUCUCUGGGUGAUCCUGUGAAAUAUACAAACUGGUAUAAUGGAGACUCAAAUGGUUCAGGUCAGUGUGCUUAUAUGAGAGAUGGAUCAUGGCAUCAUCAGGACUGUAAUAUGAACAUGAAGAGUUUCAUCUGCUACAAUGAUAAUCUGAUAUUGAUCAAGAUGAAUCUGAGCUGGUCUGAAGCUCUGAGAUACUGCAGAGAGAAUCAUGUGGAUCUGGUUUCAGUUGAUUCAGAGGAGAGUCAGUUCAUGGUGACUAAAUUGAUUCAUCGGUCCUCUACUGACGCCGUGUGGAUGGGGUUACACUAUUACUGUCAAAUGAAUCUCUGGAUCUGGAUAAGAGGAGAGGUCGUGUGCUAUCAGAAUUGGGCUUCAGGGAACGAAACAAGACUGAUGAACUGCAACACUGAACACAGAGCUGGAGCAGUUCAGUCUGGAGGAGAUCAUCUCUGGAUCAGCCUUCGUCAAUCUCACAAACUCAACUUCAUCUGCAUCAAAAAAUAAUAAAAUAUUUUAUGUCUAUCAUUUCGUUUUUUUUUUGUUUGUCCAUUUUCUGGUUUUCUUUUUGUUUUAUUCUUAAGCAGUAGGGUCCAUUUAUAACCAUAUAACAGAUUAAAUACAACAUUAUGCCUUAGUUUAGAAUCAUUUCAUGUAUACAAAAAAAAAGGUUUCUAUGUUAAUCUCCUGACACAAUAUAUUUCCUUUUGUUUGUUUAAUAACUGUUGAAUUAUAUGAAAUGAAUGUGUUAGUUAUAUUUUGG